AUGGCCUCCAUCAUCAAUAAAAUCUUUGGCAAUGACAAAGACGAGAAAAGCUCAUCUCAUACAACGAGUUCAAUUACAUCUCACUCGGGACCAACGAGUACAACAGUCUGUACAGACGCAAAGGGUCACGGUGGAACAGCGCAUACGGCAGUCAGUGACGAUAUUCGAGUCAAAUCAACGGUCACAUCCGAUACACAAACGAAAGUGAGCAUGGAAAAUGCAGCAAAAAUCAAUGAUCUAAUGACAAAACUUAGUACUACUCACUCUCAAAUUGAUGCGUAUUCGAAAAAGCGCACGGAUCAAAUCGAUGAAGCUGUUGGUGCGUCACUCAAAAAAGUUGUGGCUGAGACACAAGCUCAACAAGAACAACUUUUGCAUGACGCAAAUAGCCGAACAAAAGCGCUCGAAGAAGAAUACAAAUUGAAAUUGCAAACGUGCGUUGAAGAAUUACACGUUCAAAAAGCUCAAACAUUAGCAACACUCGAAAAGGAAUUGAAAGAGAGACAAGAACGCAUACUGACUCGAGCACGCGCUGAAAUCGAUCAAUUGAAUCAACAUGCAAAUGAAGCCAAAAUAAACGUAAUGAAAGAUGCGCAGACAAAAAUCAAUACUAAGGUCGAAGACAUCACUGAUCAGGUUCAAGCACUGGGUGCAGACGAUGCCGCGAGACGGUUACAGUCGACAACGACCACUGUCAUCACAUCACAAACGAAAGCGACGGGUGAAACACAAGCAGUUAUCGGGGCCGCGGUCGUUGUUCCAGAUGAAAAGACAACUACACAUGUAACAGAAACAAGUAGCACCCAUUCAACUACACAAAAUUAG